AUGGCCCCUUAUGAAGUAUUGUACGGCAGAAAAUGUAGAACCCCAUUAUGCUGGACAAAAGUUAGUGAAGCUAAAUUUGUAGGUCCAGAGUUGCUAAGACAGACUGAGGAGAAGGUGAAGAUUAUCAAAGAAAGAUUGAAAGCCACAACAGAUAGGCAAAAAUCCUAUGCAGAUUUGAGAAGAAAAGAUAUAGAAUUUACUGUUGGGGACAAAGUAUUUGAUCCUUCACAUGUCAUUCCAGCUGAAACCAUUGAUGCACAAUCUGACCUAACUUAUGAAGAAGAACCAGUGAAAAUUUUAGCAAGGGAAAUGAAAGAGUUAAGAAAUAAGAAGAUUCCUUUAGUGAAAGUGUUAUGGAGAAAUCACAAGGUAGAAGAAGCUACAUAA